AACGUUUACAGGCGGGUCAUUGAAGUUGGUCGGUCUAGUUAACCUGGAUUAUUAACUUAUUCACACGAUAUGAUGGGAAUCCAUGACUUGUGAAGACCAAUAAUAUAUUUAAUUGUCAUGAAAACUCAGAGUCUUCCGGAACGUCUUGCAGAAUAUUUUGUGAUUUGUGGCUUGCCCAAAAAUCCAAGUACAUAUGACGUUUCCAAGAUCCUUACACAUGCUGAGGAAAUAAUUGCUCCCAAUACUUCGAUUGACUUCACGCGAUUCCCUGAGCCUAUUGUCGAUAUUAAGAUUGUGAGCUUAAGAGAGAAGGAAGAAAUACCGGAAGGGUAUACAUGCAUUAAAUACAGUGUCUCUGGAAAACAUAAGGCCAACAUCCUUUUGAAUUUUGGAGAGGAGGCCUGUAUAUGUUACCGUAGAGGACGAGACCAACCGUUUAUAAAAGAUAUCGACACUUUGGGAGAGAAACAAUGCCCUAAAACUAACGCGGUAGUUUUAUCAAGGACUAUUGGAGGUCGUGCUGCAGACUUACCCAGUUCUUUAACGAACCGUCUGUUUUUAUCAUAUCUACGAGGUACUGUCGAGAGCAGCAUUGACUGCCUAGCAGUAACUGAUCUAUGUAUUAUCAUCCCGGAAAAACAAGAGUCUUGUCCUCCAGCUUACCGACAAGUCACAGAACCUAUAUGCAUAAGUUCAUUCAGAUUAAAAGCUUAUAUUUGUUAUCGCAAGUCACUUGUGAAACAAUGUAUAAUUUCCUAUAAACCUGAGGUAUUAUAUUGGUAUAGAGUUCCAAGCGUUGAUUACAAUUGUUCAAAUCCCAGUAUAAAUAAUGAAACUUCUAAGUAUUCCUCGGUUGUUCUCAAUAAUCCAUCGAGCGACCCUCCUGAAAUGUGUGACCAACUCAACAAAGGAAUGGAUGACAAAACCUGUUCGGAUUUUUCACCAGAAUCUCAAGUUGCUCCAUUAGAUCCGGAUAUAUUCCAAGUAGCCAAUUUCUGUCUUCCAUGGGGUGCAUCAAUUGAAUCAUGGUCUGUAAAUCAAGAUCCACCUGAAGUUAAUUCUUUCACAUUUAUGCUUACAAAUGAAGCUUACCAAAAGCUUUAUGGUGUUGCGCUUACUUUCUAUGAACCCUAUGUUGAACAAUUAGAUUUACAUAAAUGCUACUGUUUAGGAGUUGAUCCAGAAUUAAUUAAUUCCAAAUCUGGUACAGAUUUAGUAAAUGAUGAAUAUGAUGCUAAUGAAGAAGCAAUAGCUAAACGACAACGUCAUUUUUUAUCAUCACGUGUUGGUGAUCGUAUUCUUGGUGUGACAAAAACUCUUUGUAUACUUUCUCGUUGGUCAUUUACUUUACCAUUUUCUAAUUUUUUGGGAUUUCUGUACAGUCGAUGUUUAUUAUCAAAUAAUUUAGACAAUAUACCAUUUGAACGGUAUUUAGGUUAUUUCUUGUUUGAAAUUCCUUUUCCUGAUCGAGCAAUACCAAGUAUAUCUGUUGAUCUAUGUGCUGCUCCUAUUCUAAUUCAACGUCCAGAUGACACUAAUGCAUCUUCUUCAAGUUGUGAAUCCUUCUUUCGUCUUUUGGAUAAUUUAAGUGUGGAUUUAAUUAUUCAGUUAUUAGUUCAACUACUUACUGAACAAAAAAUUCUUAUGUCAUCUGUACGACAUUCAGUAUUGAGUGAUAUUGGUGAAGCUUUGAUAUAUAUGAUAUUCCCAUUGAAAUGGACUGUUGUAUAUAUUCCAUACAUAUAUAUGGGCUGUAUUCAUGUGAUUCAAUCACCUUCACCAUAUUUAAUUGGAAUGGAUUCAAGAUUUUUUGAUUUUUUCCGUUUACCACCUAAUGGUGGCAUUGCCUAUCUUGACUUGGAUACAAAUAAUUUCAAGCCACCAUUCGCACCUGGUCAACCAGUAUUUGAUUCAAAAGUUCUCCCCAAAAAACCACUGAAGCAACUGAAAACAAGAUUACUAGAAUUAAAAGAGAAAAUAUUUCAAAUGAAAAAUACUCGUAUAGCAUCAUCUAAAACGAUGCCUAGAAAUAUGAUGUUAGAUUGUAUGUUUUCAACAUCGAAUUCAGAAUUAGCUCAAGAGGAAUUAAUUAAAGUUCGUAAACGUUGGUUACAAGAACUCAAUGAAAUGACACAAAUUGGUUCAUGUAUUAAAGAAGCAUUUCUACAAUUUAUGGUACAUUUAUUGAAAGAUUAUCGUAUAUGUCUUGAAUCUGUUCGUAAUUCUCAAACGGAUGUUAUGUUCAAUAUUGAACAUUUCUUACGAGAAUGUGCGGAUAAGCAUACAAUACCAUUUUAUCGUGCUUUAUUUGAAACACAACAAUGGAAUAAUUUUGUACGUGAUCGAAUUUACGCUUCAUCACGUGAUGAAGAAUUAGAUUAUUUCGAUAAUCGUAUUGAAUUAUUAUCAGAAAGUGAAUCGAAAUCUCGACCACAUCAACAUCUUCAUCGUUCUCGUAAUAAUAUUAGCUUAACAACUAUGGGUAAUAUAUUUACAAUUAAACGAUCAGCAUCAUCGUCUCAUGAACAACUGAGCAGUACAAAUAAUCAUAAUAGUAAUAGUAGUAGUAAUAAUCAUCUCAGCUAUGUGGAACAUAAUAAUCAUUCAGAAGAUCGAUCAGUGUCAAGUAACGCAUCGAUUAAAGAUAGAUCGGAUGAAUCGACAGAUUCACAGGUUUCAGGUGAUUUAGGGCUUCUGCCUAAUAAUAACAAUCUGAGUAUAACGGUUAUUAGUCCUCCAUGUUGGCCAGUUCCUGAAUUUGUUGACACACCUCAACUGCAACACUUAUUAUGGACAAGAGAAUAUUCACUCGGUUUCUUUCCAACUAACAUUAAUUCUGAAUUAUUAGACUUAUUAGCUUCAAGAGCAUUUCUUUUAAAAGCUACUUUGUCAAAUAAUUCUAUAAUCACACCAAUGUUUAGUGGCAAUGAUAACCCUGAUAGUUCCAACCUAAUUACGACAUUGAUAACAUCAGUACCAGGAGAAGUUAAAAAUAAAGAGAAUUGGAUGCCUUCUAAUUCUACCACCUGUACUGAUAUGCUUUUAUCACCAACUCCUAUCAACUGUUGGUCGAAAUCCCCAGUAAACACCGAUAUAGCAGACCAUAAUCCAGAUUCUCGAACAACUACUAGAAUGUCAAUAUUUAUGAUGAAAAAAUUACAACUUAAUACUCCUCAACGAUUUGGUUCAUUAAUGUUAGUCAACAGUCCAUCUCCACUAAUUAUUCGUUCAAAUCGUCCAGAGAAUACAAGUUUAAUUGGUUUGAAUACAAAAUAUUGUUUACCAGUGAAUAAUGCAACUAUUUUAAAGCGUACAUCGCAAGAAUUACGAUAUACGCUAAAUUAUUGUAUUAACUUUGCACAAAAUGAUGAAUAUUCUAAAGUCAAAUAUUUAGCAGGAUCUGCUUAUUCAAUUUGGUUUAUGUUAUUACCAGGUUAUCUAUCAUCUGUAUAUAAAUACUAUACAGAUGAAAUGGACAAUAUGAAUCAUUGUGUGAAUAAAUUAUCCAAUCCCCUUAUUGGUAGCAACAAUAAUGAUAAUAAUAAUAAUACUAAUAGUACUUAUUUUGAAGUGAUGAAUAUAAUUAAACAAAUUAUUAUACAAUCACUUGGUGUGUACAAUAGAAUACACGACUAUGAACUCGAAGUUCCUGAUCAGGUUGCUUUACGUAUAUUACUAGUGUUAUUGUAUCAAAAUCGUAUCGAAGACUUCGAUUUACUGAAGUUUAUUAAUUCAAUGGAUUGGUCAUCAUCGUCAUCGGGAAUUGCGAAUCAUAUUUACAAAGCAUUUGAGAAAGAAUCGAGAGAACACAAAAGAUUGGAAAACGAACGUUUGAUGUCCACAUCUAAACAUCAUAAUCAUCGUCGUUCAGCUUCUGCCGAUACUGAACUGAAACCAUCUACACAAAUUAAUAGUUCUGAAAAUACAACUGGUAUCAUAGUACCGCAACCAUUUAAUUCAUCCGAUGAUCUUACUGAUCAAGGAUAUUCAACGUUGAAUAUACAUGAGGAUAAGACAAGUUCAGAUCAAGAUUGGUCACCUGUUGUUGACCAAUCUACAAAUAUCAACAAUGUUUCAACCGAUGAUAAUCAUCGAAUUCCAAUGGAACAACAUCAACAAAUUCAAGAAUUAGCAGAAUGCCAUCAAGCUUCGUCUGUUAUUGGUAGCGGUGAUGACACUUUAUGUCAUCACAGUUCACAAUCAAAAGAACACUUAACUAGUUAUAGUUCAAAUACUAUCAGCCAAUUUAUACCUUCUUCCAGUAUAAAUGAUCAUCAAACAUCAAGAUUGAGUACUGUUGAACAAUCAGAUCCAACUACAGUUAUUGGUAAUUAUGAUAAUAAUGUGAAAAACGUAAGGGAAAAUACUCCAUCUAAAGAAGGGAAUCAUAUCAAUACUCCUGACACUGCUAAGUCAUCAUCAGCCUCAGCUGACGUUAUUAAUGAUCAUAACAAUGAUAGUAGCAGUAGUAAUGGUACCAAUCUCAGUGAUGAUGAUUCAUGCGCAGAUGAUGACGAACAUUCUGAAAAUGAACACAUUCCUUACGGAUAUAAUUUAUUAUCAUCAGCACUGUCAAAAAUCAAACGUCCAUUCCUUCAACAUUAUAAUACUUCACCUGUUACUACUACUACUACUACUCAUACUCCGUCAUCGUAUGGUUGUAAUCCUUAUUCACAUCAUAGUAGUAUAGAUAUAACUCGAGAUAGUAAACAUUUGUUAUUUUCAAAAUCAUCUAGACAAUCAUUUGAUGAUAAUUCUUCGUCAGUUAAUAUUAUGAGACAAUCAGCACAUCAUCAUGAUAUUAUGACUACUACUUCGACCACUACUCCCAUUGCUGUUGCUACUUCUAAUGGUAAUUCAAAUUUGACAGCUUCACUUGUAGAUAAUAAUAUUGAUGGUGAUGAUGAUGAUGAUGAUGUUGAAGACAACGACGAAGACAAUGAAGAUGCUAAUGCACAGCCCAAAGUUUCAGUUGUUCAUAAUGCAUUGAACUUUUUCAAUAGAUCUACAUCAGAUUUUAUCAAUCGUAUCAAUAUGAAUCGAUCUUUGUUAGAUUGGCGUUCUCUUAUUCCAAGUUUAUCUACAAAUCCAACUCCACAAACAGGAAGACGUGCAACUACCUCAAAUUGUUUUACAAGUUCAAAUUUAACUAAUCAACAUGGUGGUUAUCAUGUUCAACAAAAAAAUUACUAUUAUCCUAUUCCACCACAAAGUGAACGUAUUUCACGUGUUUCAUGGUCUAAAUCAUCAUGUAUAGGAAUGAAUAAUAAUACUGAUUCAACAUAUAAUCAAUCUAUUGAUAAUAUCCCAUUUACUAAUACACAUAAACUAUCAGAUUCUGUAUAUCUUACAAAUCCAAUGAAUGGUACAUUGUUUAAUAUGAAUUAUCAUUCUUUUGACAAUUAUAAUAUGAAUAGUAAUGGUAAUCAUCAAUUAAUUAGACAAUUUCCACAGGUUAAUAAUGCUUUAAAUAGUGUCUUGUCAAAUAAUUAUGAACGUGAAUAUCAUUCCUCAGCUAACCAAGUGGAUGCUUCAAACUCUCUGAAAGAUAUGUGGAUCAAUGUCGCUGGUCCAUUACUUGUUGGCGAUGUUAAUCGACGUAUAUCACCUGCCAAUACGCGUACAAUACAUUUACAACAGUGUCUAUACCAACAGUAUAUGUACAAUAGUUCAUCACCAUCACCGAUACCAGCUCCAUCAUUUCAUAUCAAUCAAAUUGAGUCAUCUCAUGUUAUCCCAACACUGAAUAAUACUUAUCAUGAAUUAACAACAACGAAGCAUGGUAAUUCAACCACUUCAGUACCAGUUACAGUAGCAACAAUAACAGCUUCAAAUCUUGAUGCACAACAACCGAAUUCGAAUCCAGUUGAUCAUCAUUCAAAUCCAGUAGUCAGUGAUUCUUGUUUAUUUUCAACAAUCAAAACACCAACUGUUCAAUCACCAUCCUCAUGUCUUAGUCAAAGUGAUAAUAAUAAUAAAGAAUCAUCACCAUCGUUCUCUUCCACAUCGACAACAAUAUCAGAUGGUAACCAACUUCCUAACAUUAAUAGAAACAAUAAUAAUAAUAGUAUUACUCAUUUGAAUAUAUUCAUUACAACUUGUUCAACAUGUCCAAAGUGUAAACAUUAUGUUUAUGAUGAAGAGAUAAUGGCUGGUUGGUCUACAGAUGAAAAUGAUCAUAGAACAUUUUGUCCAUUUUGUAAAACUUACUUUAUACCACAAUUGUCAAUACGUAUAUUUGGUGAUACAUGUGGAGGUGUUGGUUAUAAUCAGUCAGCAAAAUUACAACAACGACAACAGUCAAGAGAAAAACAAUUUCCUACAACUUUUUCUCAGUCGUCGAAUAAUCUGUCCAAUCUCCAAUGUGAUAGAAAUGAUUCAACUGAGUCAGUUCAAUCUAAAUUAUGCACCUCAGUACCAGUUCAAAAUACUUCUAUGGGUCUAAUGGAAAUGACAUUUUCUUAUUUAAGUCCAUUUGUCAUUAGAAAAUCUUUAGAAACUAUUAUUCAAAAUGAAGGUGAUGAAUGUUUACAUUGUCAAUCUAUUCAAUUAUCAUUAUUACAUCGUCAUACUCAAUUAACAUGGAAUUUAGUAUGGUUAAUGUAUCGUUUAGGUUUACCAACCUAUUUAUUAGAUUUAUUACCAAUAUGGAUAAUGAAUUGUCAAUUAGAGCAACGUAUUAAAUUUAAAGCAAAUCCACCACAUACUCAUCAUCAUCACCAUUAUUGUUCACAACAAUGUAAUUGUAAUAAUAAUAAACAAAUACACAAUAAUCAUUCAAUUAUAUUUACGGAUGCACUCUAUCAAGUUCAUUUAUCUCCCAAUUUACCUGUAUAUAUAUCAUUACGUUGGAAUGCAACACAUCCUGUACGAAGCGUUAUGAGAAAUUCAUUGUAUAAAUAUUGGUCCAACUUUAGAACUUCAGAUCACAAUUCACCUUGGUCUUUGGUUAGAAUACCUAGUUCACAAGAUACUGUGAAUAGUAAUGGAAAUAGUUGUUGUCCAAUUCAUGCAAUUAUUGAUCAAUUAAUCAAUGCUAUUAAACAUGAUAAUAUGCGAUUUGCUUUAGAAUAUCUCAUACAAAUACGUGCACAUUUACAAUUUAAUACUUCAUUACCAUUAACUAUUACACAAUCAUGUACAACAUUUUCACCGCAACCACUACCACCACCAUCUUCAUCAUCAACAUCAUCGUCGUCAUCACCAUUAACAUCAAUCGGAACAACAACUAUACCAUCAUCAAUACAAACACAAAUAUCAUCUGAAAUAAACAAAAACCAAUUGGAUUCAAAUAAUACAAAUCAUAUUCAAUUACAAUCAACAAUAGAGACAGGAAAUAUUAAAAUAAGACGAAAUAAACUAAAUCAACAAAUUCGAUGUGGUAGUAUUGAAUGUUAUGCAGCAUGUUUAGAAAAUUCACUAUAUCGUGAAUUAUUAUUUCUAAUUGUACAAGCAUUGUCUCGAACAUCGUUGGAUCUAAUGUCAUUCGACGAAAAAUAUGAUCUAAUUUAUCGAUCAUUCAGAAACUCUGGUUGUACAUUAUUAACUGAUUUUGACCAACCACCAACCCUGAUAGCUUCAAUUUGUCGUCAAAUGCUACGCCCAUUAACAUUGAGACCAUAAACUAUCAUUAAUCAGCUGUAUUAUCGUUUUAGGCCAAAAUUACCAUGUUGGAACCCUUUCCAGUUUUUCUUUUGUUUUUUGCUUUUUUCUUCCUUUCUCUCUGCUCACAUGAUCAAUACUAAUGACUGGAAGUACUUCAUGAUAUGAUGAACCAUUCUAUCCCUCCCCUUUAUGCAUCAGUCAAUCAAUGAAUUGUUCAUGGAUUUUUUUUCUACUUACAUCAUCUUCUUUACCUAUAUAAUUUAUUUAUAUACAUAAUUUGUUCAUUUAUCAAUCAAUUAUUGUCGGUGUAUACGUGUGUGUGUGUAUGUGUAUGUGUAUGAAUGGGCGUGUAUACACCUUAUUUUAUUGGCUGUGAAAAAAAAAAUAAUUAUGUUACUCAAUUGAUUUACAUUCAUCUAAUUUCACUCUUCCUACUUUAGUUGGUUCUUUUUUCCUUUCCUAUUUGUUUUUUCUGCAACUUGUUCCUUAGUUUGUUGUUGAGAACUUGUUUUAUGGUUAUAUAUAUACCAUUACCACUACUACUACUACUACUACUGUUCAUAUUACUUGUAUUACUGAUGAACAUAAACACUGUUCCUAUAUUAUUGUUGUUGACCAUUUUGACUGAAACUAGCUUAUUGUGCAAUAAUGAUAAUUGUAAUACUUUGUAAACAACAUUGACUGACCCUUUCUCUCUCUCCCUCCCUCCCCCCCUCUCUCUCUAUGUUCAUUGUCAUUAUUUAUUCAGUUCUUAUUUUCGGUCGUAUUCAUUUACUAUUGUCAUGAUCAUUAUUAAUUAUAUAAUUAUCUUCAUACACUUAUCGUAUAGUACUAUUCAACACAACAUAUAGAUAUUAAAUAUAUCAAUUACUUACUUACGCCUUUUACUCCUAAUGGAGCAUAGGCCACCGACCAGCAUUCUCCAACCCACUCUGUCCUGGGCCUUUCUUUCUAGUGAAUACAUAUACAUUGUAUUUAAUGACUACCAAUAUUAAAUUGGUAGAUUUAUACCACCUAUACAUAUUACUACUAGUUGCUUCAUUGCUUAUAUAACUAACUGGGGAUAAUAAUAAUAGUCUGCCCAUCGUCUCUACUUCCCCUUGCCCUUUCUCCUUCUUGUUUAAUAUAUCAAUUUUGAAUUCAUGAUCGAAUAGAAAUGUCGAAAGUACUGAGAACUAAAUAGAUGCAUGAAAUUAUGUCAUAAUUCAUUGUUCCAUUACAAAUAUCUGUUUGUUUGUUUGUUUAUAAUUCUCUUCUACUCAUCGACUCCUAUAUAGUUUUAAAUGUAUACACACACACACACCGUUUUCUUAUUGUUUAUCAAUCAUCACUUUUCUCUUUCAUAAUGGAACAACAUUCCAUUCUACAUUCUGUACUGUACGCCAAACAACAAAUGAAGAAUGAAUUAAAUCUAUGUGUAUAACAUUUUUUUAAGAUUCAUUCAUCUUCAUGUUAUUGUUCAUGUACUACUACUCAUUCGUUUUAAGUAGUAGUAACCUACUAACGUAUCGUCAUACUAUUAUCCCCCAGUAUAUUCAUAUAUAUGUGCUAUCUUAUGGCAUCUUUCAAUAAUAACCUUUCUUCUUGUUUGUUUGUUUAUUGUUGGGUUUUUUUAUUGAGAAAGAUAAAUUUAUUUCCUUAAUACUACUACUACUACUACUACAGGCAUUUAUCUAAUUGUGUUGUUUUAAUCUAAAAAAAGAAACUUUUUAUAACUACAAUAGUCUUUUUUUCUCCUUGUUAUUGUUGUAUUUGGUGACCUAAAGAUCUGAUCCUCAUGGCAGUGGAGCAUCGUAAGGAGA